UCUCUCUCUUUUCGGUGGUGGUGCCUAAAAUACCACCUGCGCCCCAGGGAUCUCCGCCACCCAGCUCCCCGCUUUCCGCCCUUCCCCACCCGACCCCGAGUGGGGAGCUGGCGGGAAGCAGCGGUGAGUCGAGUGGAGACCCCGCGGCGGGCCUGGCGCUGGGCUGGCGCCUGGAGUUAGUGGUGGGGGAGGGGGAGAGCGAGACUGUCCUAGAGCGGGUAGAGAGCUGUGGCGACAGCCGCCUUAUUUCUAGACAAAGCGCAUUUCCUUUUCCCCUCCCCCAUCCGCGAUCAAGAUGAGGGGCCCUCCUCCCCCUCACGGCCUGGGUCGGCGACUGGGGCCUCUAGUGAGGGCGGUGCGUUCUCCCGCAUCAGCGCGGCCCGCUGUUCCGAGGCUGCGGCGGGCGCUCCGUUACGUGGCUACCGCCGGGUCGGGGAGAACGCGGGCCCGGUGGUGCAGUGCCCUUGAGCCCCCGGGCCGCGGCCUUUGUUUCUCCCCGCGGAUGGGCUGACCACGAGGCCCGCGCUCCUGGGUGGGGGGCAGGGGCCGGGUGUUUAGGCCUCGUUAAGCAGGGUGGGGCUUAUGGGGAGCGGAUAGAAUAGGUGGUUUGUUUUUUGAAAGUGGCACGAAAUGGGACUGAAGCAUCUCGAUAUGGUGCUUUUCCUUUUUCAGUUUUUAAACUAGUGAUUAGAAAGGGGCAGGGUUUCUAAGAAACCAAGUUGGGGUUAUAUAGGCGCCUCUUUGGACUGUUAAAAGGUCUAAAGGGAAAAUUCACAAUAAUGUAUCAUUGUAACUGGGUGGUCACGUCGAAUUUGAACCAAAUUAUUUGGCCAUUUUCUUAAAAAGGCUGGGUAUGACAUAAAUUGGAUUUAAAUUGGAAAAAAAAAUUGUGCUCUUUUUAUCCUUUGUAAAACUAUCUCAGAUAUUAGGUACCCAAUAAGGUUUUCUAGACCCACCUGGUUAGAGCACUGAUGUACUCAGUAAGGAUAGAUCCCUAAUAACGCAGGAUGUCAAACCUGCAUCUCUGGAUUUGAGUACAAGUUUUACAGUAUACGAUGCAUAGGUGGGGGUUGGAAUCCAAACAAAACUUGUGUUUAGCUACCUUUUUUCUGUCAUGUAAACUUCUUAACUGUCAUGCAUUUUUCUAGUAAUAGCUCUUCAAGUCUGCAAUAAAAAAUGGCCUCCAAUAAAACUACAUUGCAAAAAAUGGGAAAGAAACAGAAUGGAAAGAGUAAAAAAGUAGAAGAGGCAGAGCCUGAAGAAUUUGUGGUGGAAAAAGUACUGGACCGACGUGUAGUGAAUGGGAAGGUGGAGUAUUUCCUGAAGUGGAAGGGUUUUACAGAUGCUGACAAUACUUGGGAACCUGAAGAAAAUCUAGAUUGUCCAGAGUUAAUUGAAGCGUUUCUUAACUCUCAAAAAGCUGGUAAAGAAAAAGAUGGUACAAAAAGAAAAUCUUUAUCUGACAGUGAAUCUGAUGAUAGCAAAUCAAAGAAGAAGAGAGAUGCUGCUGAUAAACCAAGAGGCUUUGCCAGAGGUCUUGAUCCUGAACGAAUAAUUGGUGCCACAGACAGCAGUGGAGAAUUAAUGUUUCUCAUGAAAUGGAAAGAUUCAGAUGAGGCAGACUUGGUGCUGGCAAAAGAGGCAAACAUGAAGUGUCCUCAAAUUGUAAUUGCUUUUUAUGAAGAGAGACUAACUUGGCAUUCUUGUCCAGAAGAUGAAGCUCAAUAAUUGUUUGCAUUGCUUUUUAUAUAUAUUUAUAUAUAUAUAUAAAAUCUGGGUCUUUGUUUUUUGAUUUAUUAGUGUGAAGAAAUAACAUUCUAAUGAAAAUCAAGUUUGAUAUGUUUGUUUUGAAGUAGUAUUGGGGGAGUUGUUGGGGUUUUUGCAUCUAUAGCACUGGUUACUUUAAACAAAUAAAAGCUUUCUGUAGUUGCUUCCUUUAUCAGAAAAGAAUAUUUGAGACCAUGAUAUAUUAUCCCCCUGCAUUAGAGAACCUUUUCUAAAUGUUGGGGGAAAUCUUCAUAGUCUUUACUCAGUCAGAAUUUGUGUUUAACUCCUAUAUGCCUAAGGACCAUUCUGGGUUUUUUGUUUGUUUAGGGGGUUUUUUGUGUGUAUACUUAAAAUACAUACAUAAGUGGUUUUUGUUUUUAACAUUCACCGAAACAAAAACAGCAUUUUAUAACCAUGGAUAAGCCCAUGUUUCCGGGAUGCUACCAUUUUCAGCAUUUUAAGAAAUAAAUCACUUAAACUGAAGUUUUUCCUGAGGCCUUAACCUUUCAAAUUUUGUAAUUAAUUGGACAAUUUAAAUAUAACGUAAACAAUUUAAAAGCAGCCAUAUCAGAAUCCAUAUCCUUCUCUACAGCCAUAUAAACGCAAGUUUAUUUGCAAGAUCCCUGAAAGGAAAAUUUUAUUACCACCACCAACCUCCCCACCCAAAUGACAAAACUAGACAAGUCCUUGUGUGUUUUACUUAGGUAAGCAAUACUUUAGUUAAAUGGACAUUUAAACGUUCCUUCUAGUGAACCAUUCCUUUUUAAGAAGUUGAAAUUCUCUGUGCGGUAUUGACUAAAAGGUCAUGAUUCAUGGACUGUCUACAACUUCCUUCAUGGAAACUAAUCAUAAUCAGAUGAUUAGAGAUGUUGGCAGUUUAGCAUCUGCUGGAGUAAAUGGGUGGACAGGCUUCUAUAAUCCAAAUUCUUCACCUGCAUGUUUUUUCUUUACCCCAGUUCAUUCCUGACAUGUAGGCUCAGUCUUUUCAGUAUUUGAGUUACUGGUUCAGCACAAACCAGGAAAAACAGUAACUUUGUAGUCAGAAUGUUAUCCAACUGUAUAUUGUUUACUUUAUUGUAAAUACUGGUAAACAGUGGUCAAUAAAUAGUUUUAUAUUCCUUUAUGUGAUUAGACUUUUUAUUAAUCUGAUUUUCUAGUGGGAAUAGACACAUACCUUAGAAUCCUGUUCAUGUUUAUAAAUAAUACUAAAGCAUUAGAGUACAUGUCUUAGAUCUUUUGAGCUGAGGAGUUUCAAACUUACUAUGUAUUUCCACAAAAAUGAAAAUUGGUUUUUUGGGGUGCCUAAGAGGAAUCUGCUUCAUUAAAAUGAAAUUUUGAUACUUAGAAUCUAGUUUGUUGAAACUGCUGUCUGAAAAAUAGGAUAGAUCCUGUUGUGAGAGACAGAUUUCUACUAAUCUCCAAAAUUCAUACAGAGAAAAGGAAAUCAUUUUGCCGUAUAUCUAAAUAUUUAAUUAAUGUUGUGUAUCUGAAACUGAUAGGUUAUAUGUCAAGUUAUACCUCAAUUAAAAAACAAUUUUUUAAAUCCUA